AUGGCCCAGUCAAAUCGGCUACACCGUGAAGGGAUAGCCGGCCGGAAAGUUGACCGGGAGAGGAAAAGCAUCUCCUUCUUCGUCGGUGAAUGCCAACAGUGCACACGCAUUAGUCCCAUUUCCCUGGGGAGCAGCAACACAGCGCCUCGUGCCCUGAAGCUAUGCCGACCGGUUGACUCGAUUUUCUCGCCCAAACGACUAAUAUUGAAGCUGGACGGGCAGAUGAGCCCAGCUAUUGUCGGGGAUGCCGGAAUGCAUGCACGGUUUCGAAGGCGUUCGAGCACACCACAUCGCAUGACAUUGCGUGUUGUGCAUGAGUGCAUUGCUCGACUUGGCCAUGUUCACAUGCCAGACGGGCAUUGCUUGCAUCCGGCUGGGAUGGGCCUUGGCGAACUGAGGGAUCCGGACCUGGGCCAGUCAUCAAGGACGGAUCAGACAGCAAACUCGCUUCUAGAAGAGUGA